UCAGAUCGAUGACGAUCCCAAUGCUCCAGUGUACAUCCAAACAUAUGUCAUGAGGAAAUUAGUGACAGAUGCUGAGGGCAGAAAGACUCCCAAAGGAAAACGAGGAUGGAAGAUGUAUUUUGGGACAGUGAAAGGUCUUUGUAUCUAUCUACACAAGUCCGAGGUUGCAAAGGACAUGGCUUUCAACAACCCCAAGGAUGUCAUGCGGAUCCAUCAUGCAUUAGCCAGCCGGUCUGGUCAGUAUGAUAAGAAACCGAACGUCUUCUCUCUGCGGCUGGCCAACUGGAGUGAAUACCUUAUACAGUGUCUUGAUGUUCGAGAUAUGCAGUCCUGGAUGCAGGCAGUAAACCUAGCAGCGGCAGUUCAUUCCUCGCCGCCCCUUCCAGCAGCAGUGGGCUCGCAGAUGGCAUUCAGGAGACCCAUAUUACCAAGUGCUUCUUCAAAACUUGAACCAGCUCAACAGCUAGCUAGUCAUGACGAGAAGAUUGAAGCUUUAGAACGGGAUUUAGAGGAUCACAGAAGCUAUCCUCCCGACAAGAAAACCAAGACGAAGAUCAUCAAGGAUUUCAAGACCAAGGAUGAAUAUUUGGAAUAUGAGGUUUCAAGAUUCAAGACAUACAUCUACCUGCUACGUUCCCAGCCUUUCAGCUCCUUGCCAGUCCGAUGUGCCCCGCCCGCGCCGUUGUCAUCAUCAUCAGUCGCCAAGCGAUCGUCUCCCGCUCCCGUUCCGAAGUUCGCAUCCUCUCAUUCCUCCACGUUAUCGCGGUCCGCAUCGGCUCCGAACCAACUGCCGAAGGUCACAUCGUCGUCGUCAUCGCUCUCUAAAUCGUCGUCGUCAAUGAAGGCCACCGUUGGGCAAAAGUCCCCAGAGACCAACUCCAAGUCGAACCUGCGUCGAAGCAACUCCAACGCGGGAAGCCAUCCCGAUCCUUCCGAAGAAUCGCGACCGUUCCUCAGGGAUAACACCAACAAGGUACACCGAAGCUUUUCGGAUCGCUAUAGCUACCGUAUGGCAAUUAAUAAUAGUAUAAAGAUGACUGAAUGAUUGCAUUUGAGAUAUAAACCUACUUCCUGUUCAGCAUUGAGAAAUAUCCCUUUUUGCUACAUAAUUAUUGUAUUGCUUCUGAUAAUGACUGCAGGAGAGGGAUCUCAUAUCACUCUUAGAUUUAUGGAGCAUUGCAAGAAAUAUGCAAGCGAUUGCAAGUCUAUUUUGGGUUCCGAAAUCAGUCUUGAGUCCUGCAAUUAAUUGCAAAUUUGCACUCAACUGCUGCUUUGCUUAUUCUAACAAGGAGUAUAAAUUGAGUGUGCCAGAGUUUGAAUUGAUCUAUGAAUUGUAAAAUUGCAAUGGAAAGUUGCGAUUGAUUGCAAAUAUUUUCCUCCAACCCCCUAAAGUCUUUACAUAAUAUGGUUUCUUAUCAAUAAGAGCCUUCACUUGGAUUCAUCUGUUUAAGUAUUAUUUUUACUAACAGUAUCAAUAACAGUAUAAUUGGUUCAAGUAUUAUGGAUUGACUGAACUGUCUUUGCCAUAUUGCAGACUAACAGUAUCAAAUAACAGUAUAAUUGGUAUUCCUCCUCGGUCUGCUAAAAAAAAAAAAAUAUUUGCUGAAAAACAUUAAAUGCAGAUUAUUGUGGGUUUUUUUCAUGGGUAAUUUUACACCAUUUGAAUAUACAUAACCCAGAGUAGAACAAGAUUCAUGACCAGUAGACGUUAUGUAACACCACUGGAAUUUGCCUUAUGGUUAAGUUAAAGCCAUCAUCUCACGAUUCCCUGGCCUGACCAUUGUCCGAGGCUAAGCAGGCUUGGCCGAAGAAUUUCUCGCUGAUACACCGAGUUUGCUCUCCCCCAAAGAUGUCUCUGUUACAGGCAUUUCCAAUGCUUUUCACAAAGUCUGGGGUCAGCCAAUGAUAAGCUACUCCUCAUGAAAGCUGAUGCCCAUAUUACUUUAAUGCCCGGAGCAGGGUUUGAGCCAACGACCCUCUUAUUAAAUGUCAAGUCCACCCCAGAAAAAUUUUGAAUUGAAUCAAUAGAGAAAAAUCAAACAAGCGCAACGCUGAAAAUUUAAUUGAAAUCGAUGUAAAAUAAGAAAGUUAUGAUAUUUUAAAGUUUUGCUUAUUUUAUAUGCACAACUCACUGACAUGCAAAUGAGAGAGUCUAUGAUGUCCCUCACUCACUAUUUCUUUUGUUUAUUAUUGUUCAAAUUAUCAAUUUUUACAGAUUUGACUAUAAGGUCCAACUUCACUGAACUAUAAAAUGUAAAAAAAUGGUAAUUCCACAUGUUAAGGGAUGAAUUAAACUCCUUUCACAUGCCAAUGACGAGAAAAUUAGAAUAUUUCAUAUAAAAAAUAGAAAAGAAUAGCAAGUGGGUGAUGUCAUCAGUCCCCUCAUUUGCAUACCGACCAAGAUGUUCAUAUACUAGUAACUGUGUUGUGAAAUUAAGUAAAACUUCAAAAUGUCAUAAUUUUCUUAUUUUACAUCCAAUUUUGAUGAAAUUUUCAGUGUUAUGCUUCUUUUUUUUUUCUUUUUUAUUGAAAUCAACUUUUUGUUGAGGUGGACAUGCCUUUUAAGAGAAGGGAGUCCCAACUAUUACAACCAUGACGUUUCACCAAGCACUUACAUACUCUGAUACAAAGUCUAUUUUCGACGAGACCGAACAUGAUUUAAUGAUAAACAAAAUUGAAUCAAGCCAAGGGGUACUAGGGCAGUGAAAAUUGGUCACUCAGUUUCUAAUCCAUGUAGUUGAUAUAAACAUGAAAAAUAUUGGAUUAAGCUUACUAUUAAAACCUCUAUUUACAGUGCAAUAGAAAGAGCACAUUAUCUCGUUAUGAGCUGCGUUUAUUGGUAUUUUGAUAUAAUAAAUUCCAUCAUUAUGCUUUGCUUUGUUUUUUUACAUGGCAAUACAAAUGCCAAAUACUACUUUGUACAUAAAACUGUCAAGUAUUUUAAUUGAUAUCUGUAUAUUUCACUCAAAAUGUUUUUUAUACGAGCUUUUAUCUUGUCAAGUCUAAAUGAGUUGUGAACAUUGUAACUUUGAUUGAAAAUGUUGCAAAACGUUUGAUAGUUGUCUCUCUGUAUUAAUUUUCAAAAGUAUAUUCACGACUACAAUAAUCUAGCAAUAUACAUGUAUGCCUGCAGUACAUUGAGUUUUAUAGUAUUUAUUCAACAGUCAAUGUUUGUGUAGAUAGUAAUGUAUCUUUUACAAGGUAUUUUAAAGUAUCUUUUACAAGGAAAAUUGUUCAGCUUUCCUUGUCUGUGCAAUUAAGUUUUUAUAUAUGAGAUUGUGACGAAUUAGAAGUUACUUGGGAUAUUUGGGGAUUUUAUUAAUAUAACACUUUGUUUGCCUGUAAGACUAAUAGUUCAGUACAAUGAUCUAGUUUACUUUUAUUUAUAUAAUACGAGCUAUAUUUCUACAGGUUUCUGACAUUAAUGAUAAUAACGGUAUAUUUACCCAGGGUAGACACUUUCAAGUUUCAAGUUCCGAAAACUGUUCUUCCAGCGGGCUUUGCUAUUAUUAUUACUCGGCUAAGUUAGGCUACCUAUUCAGGUGCACACGGCGUUUUGAGGAAUUACUUCCUGCCGGUACCCAAUUACCUCCCCUGGGUCGAGUGCAGCACACUGUGGAUGAAUUCCUUGCUGAAGGAAAUUACGCCAUGGCUGGGUUUUGAACCCACGACCCUCUGUUUCAAAGUCCAAAGGCUAAUCCACUGGGCCACAACGCUCCACUGAGUAAUUGGUUAUAUUGCCAUGGCUGACAAGUAUUUAUUCCUCAGGGGAUGUCGAAAACUUCAAAGAAUAUUCUUCUUCCGAUCUUAUUUCAAUACUGCAUGUCUGCUAUUGAUUCUAACGAUACCAUCGUCAGUGCGAGUCAGAGAGAGGUUGACACAUAUAAACUGUCCAUUUAUUCAAAAAUUAUUCUUCAACAGAAAUAAUUUGUCAUCGUUUUGCGAAAUUGUUUUUUAUAUUAUACCAUAAUUCUGUGGUGAAUAUUCAUGCUUGGACGAAUAGAAGAGCAUGUCAAUAACAUGAGUUGUCUGACAAGUUGACCGAUCUGGCAACUUUCCCUGAUUUUGAUUGGUUGAGAAGCGCUGUCACUAUGGUAACUGUCGGAUAAAAUGUCUGACAAGUCCUUUCAUUAAACAUUUCCCAUUCAUGGAGUUCACCUUUUUUAUAAAAGUAGUAUAUUUAUUAAUGCAUUCAACACUGGGUUUAAAAUCCAUUUUUGACUCACAUAGUGAAUAAUAAUUUGACCAGAAAAAAAAAGAAAUACCAUUCAUACAGAAUCCCUUUCUAUAAUGGUAAUGUAAAAAAAUGAGAUAUUUUGUUGAAAACUUUGUUUUAAAAUUCAAUCCUAUUUUGACUUGCUCUGUGAAUGUUAAAGUGACCGAGUCUAUUCAUUUUUACAGGGUAUUAACACCGAAUUAUACAAACCAAUGCUUAUCAGUAUUUAAUGGCAAUAAUAUGGCCACAACUACCAUACAUAUCAUAUCAAAUCUGUAAUUAGCCUUUUGUCAUAUAGCUUUUAAUUAAAGACUGGCACUUGCUUCUGCUAAUGCAGUUACUACGUACAUGUAGCAUAUGUAUUUGUUUUCAUGGGAUAUCAUUUUAGGGGUGAAAUUGCCUACAUGUU